CUUCUUUGUCGCUGCUAAGAAUCUGAGAUGGGUUCCUUCACUAGUAGUAGUAGUACUAGGAGUCUUAUUGGCAUCACCCUCCUUGCCAUCUCUCUCCUGCAACCUCGUACAUCCAUAAGCGUCACCGAUUCAGAUACAAGUAAUGUGUGCGACCUUGUUAACUGUGGAAACGGAACCUGCUAUGCUUCCAACAAUGGGCCAUUCGGCUACAGGUGUGAAUGUGAAUACGGUUGGAAACGGACCCAUCUAAACUUGGAUGACAAUGUAGACGAUGGUCUCCAGUUCCUCCCCUGCCUUUAUCCCAACUGUACCAUGAACUACGACUGCCUAGAAUCCCGACCUCCUCUUCCAUCAGUAGCAAAAUCUCCAUAUAAUCCAUCAUUCUCUGAUUUAUGCCAAUGGAUCUACUGCGGAGAAGGCACAUGUAACCAUAUCACAGGGUACAAACAUGUCUGUGAAUGCAAAGAGGGAUAUAAUAAUCUUCUUAAUGCCUCCAUCUACCCAUGUUUUAGUAACUGCAUGAUCGGGUCAGAUUGUGCAAGCCUUGGAAUCCUAGGGGCAGAAACUUCAGAUACUGCAGGGACUCAAGCAACCUUAACACUACCAUGGAACUUCAAUCCGUUGAUUUUCUUGAUGGUGAUUUCAUUGACCAUGGUCCAGUGGAAAUAGAACAGGCAGUAUCAACUCGAGAUAUUAGUAUAUUUUGACUGUAUUGAUGUUUUAUUAGUUCCGCUUUUGAGUUUUCUGUAGAGUAAAAGUAUGUAAUAAUCAGUCCUGGACUUCAUACUUCCUUCCAUGGGAUUUGUACCCCAUUACAGGCUUCACAUAAUAUUGAGAAGGGACACUCAGAUUUCUGAAUAGAAUAUGAGACCAUGCAGUAUAAAUGUCAUAAGAGCAUUUUACAUUUUACAGUCAA